GCAUCCCUCCCUGAUCCAAUCCCGCCUCCAGCCGCCGCCGCCGCGCCCCGCAGGAGACAAGAGAAAACCCUAACCCAUCUCCGCUCCCCCCCUCCUCUCCCAUCUCCGACCGCGCUGCCGCCGCCUCUCCGCCCACUCCGGCCUCCGCCGCACUCCCCGAACCGCUGCUCGGGGAUGGAGAACCCCGACGGGCAAGCGGGAGCCGACGCGGGGCUUCCCCCGCCCCCACCGCCGCCCCUGGACGCCGCGGGGGCGGGUCUGGGCAGCGACCCGGCCGAGGUGCUCCCACCGCCACCCCCGCAUCUCCCGGGCGACGCCCCGUACGACGCGGCGCAGGGGGCCGACGGAUCCGCGUACCCGGCCGAGCACGCCGCGCUGAACGGGACCUCCGGCGACGCGGCGGGCUACCAGGCCGCGGGGGCCACGGAGAACGGCGCCGCCGCCGACGAGAUGGCCGACCCCAUGGUGCCCGAGCAGUCUUACGAGGAUGCCGUGGGUUCUGCUGAAGAGGCUAGGUUAUGGGACGUUGUCACCGCGGACUGCCUGGACUUUGAUGCUUGGACCGCGCUUAUUGAGGAGACGGAGAGGAUUGCGGAGAGCAACAUAUUGAAGAUACGGAAAGUGUAUGAUGCCUUCCUUGCGGAGUUCCCUCUCUGCUUUGGCUAUUGGAAGAAAUAUGCAGAUCAUGAGGGCCGUCUAGAUGGUGUUAAUAAAGUGUUUGAGGUGUAUGAACGCGCAGUUCUUGCAGUUACUUAUUCAGUGGACAUAUGGUGUAAUUAUUGUCAGUUUGCGAUUUCAACAUACAAUGACCCAGAUGUCAUCAGAAGACUGUUUGAUCGGGGUUUGGCAUAUGUUGGAACAGAUUAUCGUUCCAAUACUUUGUGGGAUGAGUACAUCAAGUAUGAGGAAUCACUUCAAGCAUGGAGUCAUCUAGCUGUGGUAUACACAAGAAUAUUAGAGCACCCUAUACAGCAGCUUGAUCGGUACUUUAAUUGCUUGAAGGAGUUGACUGCAACACGGAGCCUGUCAGAAAUACUUACUGCUGAGGAAACUUCUAUGUAUUGUCUUACUGUUGAGAAUAGUGCUGCGGUACUUGAUGGAGAGGCACAUCCUAAUGAUGUAGAAAAAACUGCAGAGCCUGAAGUUUCAUCUUCAACAGAAGCAGAGGACAAGGCAAAAUAUAUUUCCAUUAGAGAAGAGUUGUAUACGAAGGCCAAAGAGUAUGAAUCUAAGAUUAGUAGUUUUGAGCAUGCUAUUAGAAGACCAUACUUUCAUGUCAAGCCUCUUGACAAACCAGAGCUUGAAAAUUGGCACAGCUAUCUUGAUUUUAUCGAGAGGGAAGAAGACAUUAAUAAGGUUAUCAAGUUAUACGAGAGAUGUGUUAUUGCGUGUGCUAGCUAUUCAGAAUUCUGGAUCCGCUAUGUGCAAUGCAUGGAGGAUAGACAAAGCCUAGAACUGGCAAACAAUGCUCUUGCUCGUGCCACUCAUGUGUUUGUCAAGAAGCAGACAGAGAUCCAUCUGUUCAGUGCAAGAUUCAAGGAGCUUACUGGUGAUACUGCUGGAGCACGUGCAGAGUAUCAACAUCUCCACUCAGUGUUAUAUCCUGGCCUCCUCGAAGCCAUUGUGAAGCAUGCUAAUAUGGAGCACCGGCUGGGAGAUAAGGAAUCUGCUUGUUUAGUCUAUGAGAAAGCCAUUGCUGCUGAAAAGGAGGAGCAGAGCCAGCUUUUACCAAUGCUACUGAUCCAGUACUCACGUUUCUUAUAUAUGGUCGGUGACUUGGAAAAGGCAAGGGAGAUCUCAGGUGGACUGCAUGGGCUAGCUAACCUUACUAAACCAGUUCUUGAGGCUGUCAUCUUUCUUGAGUCGAUCUUUCAGUCUGAGAAGCGUAUUGAUUUGUUAGAAUCACUGGUGGAGAAGUUUCUUGCAGCUGAACAGACUCAAGGGGAGCUGGCAAGCUUAAGUGACAAAGAAGAAUUAUCUUCCAUAUAUUUAGAGUUUUUGGAUACGUUUGGGGAUGUACAGUCAAUCAAGAAGGCUACAACUCGGCAUACUAUUCUCUUUUCACGUAAAAGGAGCACUCUGCCAUCAAAGAAACGAAGAGCAGAUGAUGCUGUCAUGUCCGGUAGAGAUAAAAUGGCCAAAACCGGAGAUGGCACCCAACCAGGCAUGGGAACUGAUCCAAAUGCUCAUAAUCCUGCAGUUUGGCCUGCGACUUCUGAAGCAUCAGUGCAGCAAUGGGGGGCUGCUUACGCACAGCAGGCUGCUUAUCCUGCAUAUGGAGCUUACGACUACAGCCAACAAAUGCCCCAAUCUGCUCCUCAAGCAGCCGCUUAUGGUGCCUAUCCUCCCACAUACCCUGCCCAGGCCUACCCGCAGCAGAGCUACGCACAACCUGCAGCGAUGCCCGUGGCAGCAGCAGUGCCCACCCCCGCACAGGCGCCGGCACCUGCAGCAGCUUACCCUCAGCAACCUGCCGUGGCUGCCGCCCCCCAAGCUUACUAUGGCGGUGCCGCCACGUACUACUGAUUUCUAGAUUGGUGCGCACACUAAGGGGCGGGUGUUCUCAACGCAUGGGCAUGUGUACCUACGUAGCUGCCUUACAUAGCUGUGACCCCCCUUGGGUAUCGUGUAUGCAUUGGCAGGAAGUUUUUUUGGCAGCAGCAGGCCAAAGAAGAAGGCAAGACCCUUUUUGUUUGUUGAGGUGUAACUAGUUAUUCAGUGCUUUUUGCAGCAGCAGCAGCACUUGUAAUGCGUCCAGAUCUAAGAUCUGUAUAGGAUCUUUCUUCGUCCAUUGCUUGCACCAUGCAUGUUUCUAGGAAUUAUCUUUCGUUUUUCUGUGUUAUCACUUUGUUUAACUGAUGAGAUGACUUGUGAGUUGCAAUAGUAUGGCUGUAGCGGGCUAUCUCAGCAAGUGGAAUCUGCACUUCA